AUGAAUCAAGAAAAUAAACGUACAAAAAUUGAUUAUGCUGCUCAAAAUGGUCGCCUUGAAGUAAUAAAAUAUUUACAUUCUAAAGGAUAUAAAGGAACAGAAUGGGCAAUUAAUUAUGCUGCAGCAAAUGGGUAUAAAGGAACAGAUCAAGCAAUUAUUAAUGCUGCAAUUAGGGGUUACCUUGAAAUUAUUAAAUAUUUACAUGAAUUAGGGUAUAAAGGUGAUAAAUGUGCAUUUAAUUGUGCUGCAAUGAAUGGUCACCUUGAAGUAGUAAAAUAUUUACAUGAAUUAGGGUAUGAAGGUGAUGAAUUUGCGAUUAUUAAUGCUGCAGAAUAUGGUCGCCUUGAAGUAAUUAAAUAUUUACAUGAAUUAGGGUAUAAAGGAACAGAUCAAGCAAUUAUUAAUGCUGCAAAAAAUGAUCAUCUUGAAGUCGUAAAAUAUUUACAUUCUAUUGGAUAUAAAUAA